AUGGCGCCAACACCUGAUUCCUACGAUGCUCUCGACCACUCCACGGUCCUUCGACGCAGUCUUACAAACGUCAACCACACCCAGGCCGUCACCCUCGGCGUAAUCGCCGUGUACGUGGUCGUGAUUGCCCUACUAUGGAAUCUGCCAUACGUCCGCUGGUCGCUCUGGCCUUUCAAGAUGCUGGUCAUCGCGUUCCACGAAUUCGGACACGCUAUCACCGCUGUCUGCACCGGCGGCCGUGUGAAAUCCAUCUCCCUCGACCCCCAUGAAGGCGGCGUAACGCACAUGGUCGGCGGCGCAAGCGCCAUCACCUUACCCGCAGGUUACUUGGGAUCAUCGCUGAUCGGCGCGCUCCUCAUAUUCUGCGGUUUCGACAUUGUGGCUAGCAAAGUCGCGAGUAUUGUCCUGGGGGUUUGCUUUUUGUUGACGCUCUGGUGGGCGAGGAAGGAUUGGUUGACGAUUGGUACGAUUUUGGCGGCGGUGGGGCUGUUAAUUGGGUUUUGGUUUAUUGCGCAUGCUGAGGCGUUGAGAUUUCUUGUCUUAUUCAUCGGCGUCAUGUCCUGCCUCUACAGCGCAUGGGAUAUCUGCGACGACCUCAUCCUCCGCAAAGUCAACACUUCGGAUGCCAGCGUCUUCGCAAAACGGUACGGCGGCUCCUCGCAAUGCUGGGGKGUGAUUUGGUCCCUGAUCUCCGUGGCGUUUAUGGCUGUUGCGAUCGUUGCGGGAUUGGCGGSUUUCAAUCAGAGUUUUGCGCAGCAGGAGAGUGAUUCUAGUCAUUUUAUUCCGACAAAGAUUUGA